GCGAGCUCCACACUCCCACCACAGUCACUCAGCUCCUCUCCUCCCCUCUCUCUGCGGCUGGGAAUUGUAUUUGGACCAAAGCCUUCAUUGCGAAGCUGCGGAUCGGCGCCUGCCCCCCACCCACGCUUUGCCAUGAGCCGCAGAGUCGUACGCCAGAGUAAAUUCCGCCACGUCUUUGGGCAGGCGAUGAAGGCUGACCAGUGUUAUGAGGACAUCCGCGUUUCCAAGGUGACGUGGGACAGCUCCUUCUGCGCCGUCAACCCCAAGUUUGUGGCCAUCAUCGUGGAGUCGGGGGGAGGUGGAGCCUUCCUCGUUCUGCAAGUCGCCAAGACUGGCCGCGUGGACAAGAACCACCCGCUGGUGUGUGGUCACACGGCCCCCGUACUGGACAUCGACUGGUGCCCUCAUAAUGACAACGUCAUAGCCAGUGGCUCUGAGGACUGCACUGUCAUGGUAUGGCAGAUCCCAGACCACCUGACUCUACGCAACAUCACCGAUCCCAUCGUCGUGUUGGAAGGACAUUCGAAGCGGGUGGGCAUCAUCUCCUGGCAUCCAACUGCACGCAACGUCCUACUGAGCGCAGGCAGCGAUAACGUGAUCAUCAUCUGGAACGUGGGGACAGGAGAUCCGCUGAUUACUCUCGACGAGCUUCACACCGAUCUGAUCUACAACGUGUGUUGGAAUCACAACGGCAGCCUCAUCUGUACCACCAGCAAGGACAAGAGAGUGCGCAUCAUCGACCCCAGGGAACAGUGUGUUGUCAUUGAGAAGGAGAAGGCUCACGAGGGCGCUCGGCCAAUGAGGGCCAUUUUCCUGGCCGAUGGCAAGGUGUUCACCACCGGCUUCAGCAAGAUGAGCGAGCGGCAGCUGGCGCUGUGGGACCCGAAUAACUUUGAUGAGCCGAUGGCCCUUCAAGAGAUGGACACCAGCAACGGAGUUCUACUUCCAUUCUACGAUGCUGACUCGAGCAUUGUUUACCUGUGUGGAAAGGGUGACAGCAGCAUUCGCUACUUUGAGAUCACACCGGAGUGCCCGUAUGUCCACUACAUCAGCACCUUCAGCAGCAAGGAGCCGCAGCGGGGAAUGGGCUUCAUGAUGAGGCGGGGCCUGGACGUCAGCAGGUGUGAGAUAGCAAGGUUUUUCAAAUUACAUGAACGGAAAUGUGAACCAAUUACAAUGACGGUGCCUCGAAAGUCGGACCUGUUUCAAGAUGACCUGUACCCGGACACGCCGGGCCCGGAGGCGGCACUGGAGGCUGAGGAGUGGAUGGGGGGCAAGAACACAAACCCAGUGCUGGUCUCGCUCCGCGACGGUUACAUUCCACCCAAGAACCGCGAGCUCAAGUUCGCCAAGCGCAACCUGCUGGACAACAAGCCGCCGCUCGGUCCGCGGCGCAGUUACUCCACGUGUGAAUCCAACUUCUCUCGUGUGUCCAUGGAGGAACUCCUGGAUGAGGUGAAAUCUCUGAAGGUGAUCGUGCAGUCACAGGAACGACGCAUCUCAGAGCUGGAGAACAAGCUGUCCAAGUUCACCAACGGCACGGCCUGAGGCUGCCCAAGGUAUCAGUGCUUCUGCCAAAACCAAACCAGUUGAACCUUCCGCUCAACACUGGCUGUGGGUGGCAGACUGCGGCAGUGUUUGCCACCACCAACAUAACUCUGCCCACAUCUCUCAUACUCUGGGUGAGGGACGCUAUCUCACAUGGAAGUAUUUAAUGUUUUGUUCUGAAGAAUUCACGGGAAUGGUAACGAGCCGAGCCGCUGUGCAGUGAACAGGCUGACGGGCCACACACACACCCCCCUCCCCCCCCCCCCCACCAUCAGAGGUCCCACCUGAGGCUCCAGGCCACUACUGUGGGCAAGGACUAAGCUGGCAGCAAGCGGGUGGCAGUAUCUCUGUAGUGACUGGAGAGGGCACGCUAUCUCCAGAUGACCAACAAGUCAUGUCCAGGGCAUCGAUGGACUGUGAGGGGCCCAGCUACAAGAUUCAUGCAUCUGCAAUCUGCAGACUAAUAUCCUGAUGCACUAUCUCUCUCCCAGCCGCUGCUCUGUGGUGUUAGCAGAACAAGUUUGCUGUGUCUGGUAGUGUUGCUAAGGUGCUCAACCAGGUAACAUCACAGUGGCUGCAGUAAACCUCUGCUAGACGCUGGAGGCAAGACUCUGAGCUGGGGAGGCUGGUGUGGUCUGUGUGAUAUUUUGUGUCCCUCUGGUCAGACCAGACCCACUGUUGUGUCGACUCGGCCACUUCACGCAACUAUCUCUCCUUCAGUGAAUAAACUUUCAUUCAGAAACCCUUCAAACAGAAA